AUGGCUUCAAUAUUACAAACUACAGUUCUAACUUGUUGUUCUUUAACAUCUUCAAAGAGAGUUAUUAAUGCAGCUAUCUAUCUUCCCAAACUCCCAAAUAUUUCAUUGCCACCAACAAAGAUACAAACCAACAGAAAACAACAACUUGAUCAUCAACCAUUAAUACUAGAAAAAAACAACUCACAAAUAUUGCACGAUGAACAGAAGCAGCAAUAUUCUAACUCAACCGUUCAACUCUAUGCAGUUUUAGAAGCUGUAUUGGACAGAGUUGAAAUGCAUCAAAACAUUGGCGAACAACGUAACAACUGGAAUACUCUUCUGCUAAACUCAAUAAACAUGAUAACUUUAACUGCUACAACCAUGUCUGGUGUUGCUGCUGUCACAAGUGGGGAAGGUGCACCACUUUUGGCUUUGAAACUAUCUUCUGCUCUUCUGUUUUCUGCUGCAACUGGUUUAUUGCUUAUCAUCAACAAAAUCCAACCCUCUCAACUCACAGAGGAACAAAGAAAUGCUACAAGAUUGUUUAAACAGCUUCAAAGACAAAUCCAAACCACUAUUGCAAUAGGAAAUCCUAGUGAGGAAGAUGUCAAAGAUGCAAUGGAUAAGGUUUUGGCACUUGACAAAGCUUACCCACUUCCAUUAUUAGGAGCAAUGCUUGAAAAAUAUCCAGCAAAAUUUGAGCCUGCUGUUUGGUGGCCUUCCAACAAAGGAAAACCACAAAGCAAGAAAAUGGGGAAAAUGAAAAAUGGAUGGAGUGAAGAAUUAGAAAUGGAAAUGCGGGAAGUUGUUGAAGUGAUAAAGAGAAAGGAUGCCGAAGAUUAUAACAGACUUGGAAACAUAGCGUUGAAGAUAAACAAGAGUUUGGCAAUUGCAGGUCCAUUACUCACAGGCAUUGCAGCUGUUGGAUCUACAUUUAUAGGCAAUAAUGGUAGUUCUUUGGCUGCUUUUGUUCCUCUCAUGGCUGGUUCAUUGGCUGCUGCAAUUAAUACUUUUGAGCAUGGUGGACAAGUUGGAAUGGUUUUUGAAAUGUAUAGAGCUUCUGGUGGUUUUUUCAAGUUGUUAGAAACUUCAAUUGAAUCAACCUUGGGAGAGAAAGAUUUAGAGAAAAGAGAAAAUGGAGAGCUUUUUGAAAUGAAAAUGGCUUUACAGUUGGGAAGAAGUGUGUCAGAGUUGAGGGCACUUGCAUCAAAAUCAGCUUCUUUUCGAAUGGAAGGUGUUGACAUAGAUGAAUUCGCCAGCAAACUUUUUUAG